UUGGCUAUCCUUACCCUUCCAUUACAUCCCUUCACCAAACAUAAUAUUUCUAGUCAAACCCUCAUUUUUCUCUCUUCUACUCCUCACUUUCCUUAAUCUAAUUAAUUAUUUAGCUAGCUUCCAUGUCUAAUGAACCCAAAAACUAUCAUAAUUACCCUUAUAAUCACCUUAUUAACAAUGAUAAUUUUUCAUUAUUAUCACUAAUCAAUGAAGAUCCACAAGCUUUCUUAGAUAACUCUAAUUUCUUCACUUUCUCUAAUAACCCUAAUUCAACCCUACAAAAUAACACUAAUUCUUAUAACUUUAAUGAAUUUAUGCAUGGAUCUUGUUUAGAUUACCCUAAAUUUUCUCCAACUUCUUCAGAAGUUUUGUCCUCGGUUGUCGAUGGUGGUCUUGGGCGUGGCGGGGAUGAAACUCCGCCAAUGGCAGCCGCAAAAGAUGCGACUGCCAUUAGAAGUGCGGAGAUUCCCGACACACCGAAUUCCUCCAUUUCUUCUUCCUCUACGGAAGCUGGAGGUUCGGAUGUUGGUUCUAUGGCUAGGAAAGGUGAGAAGCGUCAAUCUAUAUGUGAUGAUAAUCAUGGUGGAGAUGAUGAGUCUAAGAAAGUGAAUAGUAAUAAUAGUAAUAAUAAAGGAGGAAAAAAAAAGGGGGAGAAGAAGCAAAGGGAAGCAAGAUAUGCAUUUGUUACAAGGAGUGAAGUGGAUCAUCUUGAAGAUGGAUAUAGAUGGAGAAAAUAUGGGCAAAAAGCUGUAAAGAAUAGUCCUUAUCCUAGGAGCUAUUACAGGUGCACCACACAAAAAUGCACAGUAAAGAAAAGAGUAGAGAGAUCAUUCCAAGAUCCAACGACAGUAAUCACAACCUAUGAAGGCAAGCACAACCACCCAGUCCCCGCCACACUACGCGGCCAUGCAGCUGCACUCCUCCCUCAAUACACCAUGUUUGCUCCGUCGUCUGCACCACCAGCAUCACACCCCAAUCUCCCUCUUGAACUGCUAGCUCAACUUGGCCAUGGUGGGCCCAGUAUCGCCGUCGCCGGCGGUGUUUCUUCUUUUUCACACUUUCCUCAACAACAACAACAUCAACAAUUGCUCAAUAAUGAUGACUAUGGGCUUCUCCAAGAUGUGGUCCCUCCUUUUCUCCUUAAACAAGAGCCUUAGUUUUUAUGGGCGCGGACCAAAAACCGGCAAAUAAUUAUACGAGUUUUCAAUCUAUAUUUGAGGGUCUGUAUUGUUUUUAUAUCAAAACCUCACCUGAUCCAUCUUAAUAUACUCGAGAAUAUAUAUCAUGUAUUGUUUAAUAUUGAAGACCCUUUAUUUUUGAAGACGUUAUACAAUCGAACAUGUUACAUACGUACGUCUAAAUGGUUCUACAUGAAGGAUAUUCACUUAAAAUGAGUUUUCUUCAUGUCUUAUCUUUCGAGGGGGUAUGAGUAUAGUUUGUAUGUUAUUUACUUUCGAAGUCUGAGUGAAAUUUAAUGGAUAUGAUGAUAUGGUAUAGUAUAUAAGUUAUGGUAUGUAAUUCACUAUGAUUAUUUUGGCCAAUGAGUUUAUUUAUAGUUCACACGUAGUUCUAAAUUAGGAAUUGUUAUGUAUUAAAUUAAAACUGUUAUGUAUUAAAUUAAAACUGUUAC